UGUUAGAGAUCUAUAUGACGAUGAUAAACAAUAUGAUAAUGAACAAUACGAUGAUGAACAAUAUGAUGACAAACAAUACGAUAAUAAACAAUACAUGGAAAAAAUUUUUCUAAGACAUUACUUCUA